AGAGGGGCCUGGGAAAAAGGAAGCUUCUGUGCAGCUGCGGCUUUUGUACUGGAGGAGCUAAGAUGGCGUCGGCGCAAAAGGAGAGCGGGAUUCCUCUGAGUGCGCUAUGUCCAAAAUUUUUGCACACAAACUCGACCAGUCACACCUGGCCUUUCAGUGCUGCAGCUGAACUUAUAGAUAAUGCUUACGAUCCUGAUGUGAAUGCAAAACAGAUGUGGAUUGACAAAACUGUUAUAAAUGAGAACACAUGUUUAACAUUCAUGGACAAUGGAAAUGGUAUGAAUGCAGACAAGUUGCAUAAGAUGUUGAGCUUUGGCUUCAGCGACAAAGUUGCAUUGAACGGCCGUGUUCCAGUUGGAUUGUAUGGAAAUGGAUUUAAAUCAGGAUCGAUGCGCCUGGGGAGAGAUGCAAUUGUUUUCACCAAGAAUGGAGAAGUCAUGAGUGUGGGCAUGUUGUCACAAACCUUUUUGGAAGCUACGAAGGCAGAGCAUGUAGUUGUUCCCAUUAUAUCAUUCAACAAGAAACGGGAAGUAAUGAAACGUGAUAAAUCAGCAGCCAGCUUGAAGGCUAUUCUGGAACAUUCUCUGUUUCCUACUGAAGAGGAGCUGCUUGCGGAGCUUGAUGCCAUUAUAGGGAAAAAAGGAACAAGAAUAAUUAUUUGGAACCUUCGAAGAGAGAAAAACGAACAAACAGAAUUUGACUUCGAUACAGAUAAAUACGAUAUUAGGAUUCCUGCAGAUUUAGAUGAAUUAACAGGGAAAAGAGGGUAUAAAAAACAAGAAAGACAAGAUCAGAUUGUUCCUGAAAGUGAUUAUUCAUUACGGGCUUAUUGCAGUAUCUUAUAUUUAAAACCAAGGAUGCAAAUAAUUAUAAGAGGACAGAAAGUACAAACGCAACUCGUCUCCAAAAGCCUUGCUCACAUAGAGCGAGAUAUUUACAGGCCAAAGUUUCUGGCUCCCAAAACUGUAAGAAUUACAUUUGGAUUCAACUGUCGAAAUAAAGAUCACUAUGGAAUGAUGAUGUACCACAGAAACAGACUAAUCAAGGCUUAUGAAAGAGUAGGCUACCAGCAAAAGGCAAACAACAUGGGAGUAGGUGUAAUUGGGAUUAUCGAAUGCAACUUCCUAAAGCCAACCCAUAACAAACAAGAUUUUGAUUAUACUAAUGAAUACAGGCGUACAAUGCAAGCACUUGGUGAGAAGCUAAAUGAUUACUGGAAUGAGAUGCAAGCAAAGAAAAUGGAUUAUCCUCCCGAAGAGAUGGUUGAAGAUUCCCAGAAGCGCCCUGAUCAAACCUGGGUUCAGUGUGAUUCAUGUCUAAAAUGGAGGAAGCUUCCAGAUGGAAUGGAUAAAUUGCCAGAGAAGUGGUAUUGUUCAUACAACCCUGAUCCUCAGUUCAGAAAUUGCAAUGUGGCUGAAGAACCUGAAGAUGAUGAUUUACUAAUGCCAUAUGAGAAAAAGUUUAAGAAAAGAGACAGGGAGAAAUUAAAGCAAAGGAUGGAGCUUAGCCAACAGAUUUAUAAUGAAAUGUAUUUACAAACAACGGCUGCCUUGUCCAGUGCACCUCCAGUAAUGAGUGAAACUAUUCCAGUAUUUCAUGCAGAAGCUUCAAACGUGUCUCUUACGAGACCUCAAAACAAAUCAGUCAACACACCAGUAUCUUCUCCUCAUUCUGAUCCUGAAAAGAGCCUUAAACGGAAACUUUCUAAUGCUGAUGCGCCACUACCUUUUAAGAUCAGACAAGUGACUAGCCAAGCAUUUGAGAAAAAGAAGCAAGAUGAUGAUGAUGUUAUCAUUUUGGAAGAGAACAGUACUCCAAAACCUGACGCUCUGGAAUGUGACAUCACAAUAGUAAAAGUUGAAGGUGGGGCUGAUGUUGAUUUCAGUAAUAUUGAGGGAGAAAUUUCCAUGAACAGAGAUGCUUGUUCAGAAACAAAUGGUUCAAAAGGAACUGCAGCAACACAAACUGAAACAGAGCAUCUUGUAAUAAAAAAGGAAGAAGCUGAGGGCAAUACAGAUAAUCAGCUGCCCAGAUCAGAACAUGAAAUAACACUUACAGAACAUCUUCAUGUUUCGGAGGCUGAUAUUGUGAAUGCAGACAUGAAGAUAAAUGAAUUAAGCCUUCAACUGCUUUCAUCCAACAGUGAAAAAGAAAAAUAUCAAAAGGAAUGUGAUACAUUGGUUAAAGAAGUAAAAAUGUUAAAGCAAAAACUAAUGGAUACAGGUGGCAAGCUUGUGCAAAAGGAAAUACGUCCUCAGUCCACGGAAACAAAAAGUAUAAUAUCAGAUGCAGAACUCAAAAAAGUUAAAGAAAAAAGUCAAGAAGAGAUAUUAAUUCUGUAUGAACAGGCAUUGAAAGAGAUGAGAGCGCUGAAAGAACAGUGUGAUACUCUGCAGAACUUAAAAUCUGAAUGUAGGAAAUGUAAAAACAUUCAGAAUAAAAGUGAAGUAGAUGACAUGGCUGUGCAACUUGGUGAUGUUUUCAGACAGCUGGACAAUUGCAGCAUUGAAAGAGACCAAUAUAAAAAUGAGAUUGAACUACUGGAAAUGGAAAAAACUCAGCUGGGCUUUCAGUGUGAGCAGCUGAAAGCAGAACUUGCAGAGUUAAAAACUAAUGGAGAAAGCCUGAAGCUGCGAUCCCUGCGAGUUAACGUGGGACAGUUACUAGGAACAAUAAUGCCUGAACUUAAUGUGCAGCAAAUCAAUCCCGACGUUGGCAUAGUCGAUGAAAUUCUAGGGCAAGUUCUGGAGCAAUUGCGUGAAGGCACUACUUAAUUUUGUUUCCCUUGCAGUCUCAACAUACCUUAUUGUCAAGUUUCCAACCUGUAAAGACUGUUCAUUUUAGUGCCAUGCUACACAUGAAAACUGGCCUGGUUUCCUUUUAGGCUGUUUCUACUGCAAAGGGGCUGCUUUUUAUUGGAACUGCAGCUUCUGGGGCGGGGUGGGGGUAACAUUUUCCUUCCAUACUGUGGUUUGUGACAAAAAUCACCCUUCCCCUGCAAACAGCUAUCAGCCCCAGAAGGUAAGCUACUGGAAAGUAGCAUUUCCCCCAAAUUGCUAGUAUUUUAUAGAGACCUGUGAGUAUUUCUAAACUUUGAUACAUGAUUAUGUAUUAUAAGCUGAUUAAAAGUAUUGUAAAACAAUUGUCAUGUCACAGUAUGUUUCUAAAACAAAUAUCAACUUAAUUUUCAUAAAGUUGACAAAAAUUACCAUACAUAUUAUGUACCCUUUUCAUUUUCUUGAAAGCAACAUUUUUCCAAUGAGUGGUUAUUGAUAUUUCAACCUUAUAGUGUAUUAUAUGCUGGUUAAGAGUAUUGCAAACCAAUUACUUCAAAUUAUACUGUUUUGUUUAAUUAAAAGAUACUGUUUUUCAAAAUAUGGCCAUAUAAUUCUAAGGAACAAUUUUUACAUACUUUUUUCUUUAAUUAUAUAUAUAUAUAUAUUUGUUUUUCAUUACUCUCUGGAUGUACUGUAAAGUUUGGGUUAAAAAAAAAUGUGACUAUGGAGAAUAUUAUUUAAAUUUAUACUGUACAUUAAUACUUUGAAGAAAAGUGAAUAAAUGUAAAUAAGUUUUUAUUUC